AUGAAACUCCAAACCCUAUUUCUUCUCACAGUUCUUCUCAUGGCCUCUGCGGCUGCAGCAAGGAAGCAACAUCAGCUGGGUGGUUACAGCCCCAUCACAAACAUCAACGAUCCUCACGUCAUCGAGGUCGCCAAAUUCGCCGUCACUCAGUACGACAAGCAAAGCGGUGCGAAGCUCAAGUUUAACAAGGUAAUCAAAGGUGAAUCUCAGGUUGUUGCAGGGACUAACUACCGCCUCACUCUCUCCGCCGGCGUAGGUUCCGUUUCGAAGAUCUAUGAAGCUGUUGUGUGGGAGAAGUCAUGGCUUCACUUCCGGAACCUUACUUCUUUUAAACCUCUGUAA